AUGGCCGCCGAGAGAGGCCGGGGCCGGCCGGCUGGCAGCGCUGCGAGAACGCUACGGCCUCCGCGCCCAGGCGCUCCCGGAAGUGAGGCGACAGCCUCCCGGCCAGCCCCACCCACACCCCGCCGGGCUGCCGCGCCCGCCCCUGGCGACCCGGGAACAUUCCCCCCCCCCACCCCCGCGCCUGGCCCCGCCCGGCCCGCGCAUGCCGCGCCCCCUCGGCACUCCAGCAGCGACCCUUGCGAGCGCCUCCGCCGCCCCACACAGCCCGCGGCCCUCUGCGCCUCCUCCCCACCCGCCAGCUCCCCCCGCAUCCCCUUUGCUUUCCUCCGCCUCUGCGGGCCCUCCUCCGUGACCCCUGAAUGCCCCCCACUUCCCUCGGAUCCACACCUCGCACCUGUCAGUGCCCCGCCCCGUCCUGCCCAGUCCCAGCGGAUCGACCGCGCCCGCCCGGGGCCCCUCCCAACCCCAGCGCAGUCCUCCGCGCGGCUCCCACUUGCUCCCCCCUCGCCACCACCCGUGCCCCUCGGCUCCCUGGGUCGUCAGAGGUACCCCAUCUCCUCCUCCCAAGCCCGCAGUUCCCUCCCUUCCCUUCCCCUCGCCUCCUCUGCUGCUGAGCGACUCUUCCUGCUCCCUUGCUUUCUCACGCAGGCCGUUAAGUUUGUCUACCAUCGUCCCACUUGCAUGAAUAAAUUGCUCUCUGAAGGCAUGAAGACUUAGACAAGAAAAACAAGUGGAAAGAGGCUGGUCACAGAAAGCUGAGCAG